CUUAAGCAUCUGUUUAACAAGAUUUAUAAUUCUAUCUUAAAAUUAAUCAUUUGAGUUAUGUGUUUCCAUUGAUCGUUGCACAUAGAAUCUAUCAGAAUAAAAAACAAUAAACGGAAGAAGCUUAAUCAAAUAGUCAAGAAACAUCAGGACAGUUAAGAAACAAUGUUCAUUACUAUAUUGGUAUUUUCUAUGUUUAUUUUAUUGGUAUAUAAUUAUUAUGUGUAUUAUAAAAAAUACGGGCAACUUCUUAAUCUUAUACCGGGACCAUCGGGUUUUCCGAUUAUUGGCAAUGCGCUCCAAUUCUAUGUGUCAACAGAGAAAUUAUGGAAGUUCUUCUAUAAAUUGCCUGAUGAAUAUUAUCCCAUACUUAAAAUCAAAAUUUUUUUUGUAUAUGUAGUGAAUAUCCGUCAUCCAGAUGAUUUAGAGAAGAUACUAAGCAGCACUAAGCACAUCGAAAAAAGUUUUCUGUAUAACGUUGUUCAUCCCUGGUUAAAUACAGGUGUCUUCACUAGCACAGCGAUUAAGUGGCGGGCGCGGCGAAAGAUGUUAACACCUGCGUUCCAUUUUAAUAUAUUAAAUAAGUUUGUUGAUACCUUAAUCAAGGAGGGCGAUUGCAUGACAAAAUCUUUGAAAGAUGUCGGAGGGAUAGUUGUAGAAGAUUUAUUAUCAUUUAUUAGUGAACAUACGCUAAAUGCGAUAUGCGAAACUGUCAUGGGUGUUUCUUUGCAAAAAUUUGGCGAGGUGCCACAAAAGUAUCGAAAUGCGAUUCACGAUAUAACCGAAUUAUUUAUUUACAGAGGAUUUAGGCCUUGGUUGUAUAAUGAUUUAUUAUUCUCAUUGUCACCACAAGGAAGAAAACAAAAAAAACUCUUGAAAAUAUUGCAUGGAUUUACGGAAAAAAUUAUCGCGGAAAGAAAACUUUAUCACGAACGCACCAAUAACCGAUACUUAAAAAACCUUGAAAGUAACAAAGAGACAGAAAAUUUCGAAGUGUUUGGAAUUAAAAAAAAUAGGCUAGCCAUGUUGGACCAUUUAAUAGCGGCAUCUCGAGAAAAUUCUCUAACUGAUUUGGAUAUCAGAGAAGAAGUUGACACUUUCAUUUUUGCAGGUCAUGAUACUACAGCGACGGGCAUAAUGUUUGCUUUACUUCUCUUAGCUGAGCAUAAAGAUAUCCAGGAGCGUGUGAGGGCUGAAGUCGAUACUGUGAUGCAAGAGAAUGGAGGGAAACUUAACACGAAGUCAUUACAAAAUUUAUCAUAUUUAGACAGAUGUUUAAAGGAAGCGCUACGUUUGUAUCCCAGCGUGUCUUGGAUAUUACGCAAGACUGGGGAUGCUGUAAAAUUACAAUCAUAUAUCGUACCUGCUGGAACGACCAUAGGUCUUCAUAUCUACGCAGUUCACAGAGAUCCCAAUUUUUGGCCAAAUCCAGAUGUAUUUGAUCCAGACAGAUUCUUACCCGAAAGGAUAAAGAAUCGUCAUCCUUAUUCUUAUAUACCAUUCAGCGCAGGACCGAGAAAUUGCAUAGGUCAACGUCUCGGUUUGCUGAUGAUGAAAGCUAUGAUAGCUCCUUUGAUAUAUAAUUUUUACUUGGAACCUGUUGAGUAUUUAAAAAAUAUUCGAUUAUUGCUUGAUUUAGUAAUGCAUCCUGCUCAUCCGGUUCAUAUAAGAUUCAUCCCGAUCAAAUGCAAACAGCCGUUUAAAAAUAACGUGGAUAUUGCAAGAGUGUAACAAGAUGAUGCAGUGGGAAAAAUCGAAGAAAAUUGUUAUGCAUAUUAUACGUUCAACAUUAUGAGGGGAAAAUAUUAUCGAUAUGGAGAUACUGUAGAUGACCGGUUCGUGGCUAGGAGCUAAAGAUCUAGAGAGUUUUUCUGUGAGCAGAGAGCGCGCCGGAAAAAAGGAAUGAGUCAUCGUCGUUGAUACGAGCCUUUGUAUUACAAGAGUAAAACAGAAUAUAUUAUUUAGUUUAUUGUAUAACUGUGUUUCAUUAUUCUAAAGUAACAAUACCUCACAGGAUCCUCUAUCAUGUGCAAUCACAAUAAAAACGUUUAUCCAUAAAAUAUAUGUGUGCAAAGCUAAUAAAACAGUUAUUUUUUUGCGUCUUAUUUAUAGAAUUAAAAGAAAAUUUUAAUCGAUGCAAUCGACAUUUCCCACGAGUUUUGCGCUGGAUGAAAAUGAAUAUCUUUUUCGCGAAAUAAUACACGCAUCAUAUAUUAAGGUGUCAAGAUUGAUAGAUAUCUAUUUCGAUGAUUAGAAGACGCCA